CCAGGCAGCCGAGGAGACCUUCCUGAAGAGUGGAAGGACUAAUCCGGGCGGCAGAGAGCGCAGGAAAUUACCAAAUGAGAAAUCCAUUCAUUAAUUACAAUAACAUUUAAAUCCAACGAAAAACUUGCAGCAUUGAUGAUGAUGAGGCAUCCAUAAAAUGCAUUCCACAUCGUAAAUAAUCCCCAGAGCUAAACGUCAGCAACAAAGUUGAAGCUGAGAAAAGUUAUUUUCUUAGGAAAUAACAAAAAUAGAAAACCUACACAAAGUGUCAUGGCCAUGGAACUAAUAGAGCAAGAGCCACGCCUGGACUUUCUGCCAGGUGCCGAGGAGGAGGCAGAGUUCGAACGUUUGUAUGCCGCACCCGCAGAAAUUGUGGCACUGCUGUCCAUCUUCUAUGGCGGCAUCAGCAUUGUGGCCGUCAUCGGGAAUACCCUGGUCAUCUGGGUGGUGGCAACCACGAGACAAAUGCGUACCGUAACGAACAUGUACAUUGCAAAUUUGGCCUUUGCCGAUGUGAUAAUUGGACUCUUUUGCAUACCAUUUCAGUUUCAGGCGGCUCUUUUGCAGAGCUGGAAUCUGCCUUGGUUCAUGUGCAGCUUCUGUCCGUUCGUACAGGCUCUGAGUGUCAAUGUUUCGGUGUUUACAUUGACGGCAAUUGCCAUAGAUCGACAUCGUGCCAUCAUUAAUCCACUUAGGGCACGUCCUACGAAGUUCAUAUCAAAGUUCAUAAUUGCUGGAAUUUGGAUGCUGGCUGUGCUCUUUGCCGUGCCCUUUGCCAUAGCCUUUCGUGUGGAGGAGUUAACCGAAAGGUUUCGUGAAAACAAUGAGACCUACAAUGUGACUCGCAAUUUUUGCAUGAACAAAAAUCUAUCGGAUGACCAGUUGCAAACCUUUCGUUAUUCGCUGGUAUUUGUGCAGUAUCUGGUUCCAUUUUGUGUCAUCAGCUUCGUGUACAUUCAAAUGGCAGUCAGAUUGUGGGGCACAAGGGCUCCGGGCAAUGCACAGGAUUCACGGGACAUAACACUACUCAAAAACAAGAAGAAGGUCAUCAAAAUGCUGAUUAUUGUCGUGAUUAUCUUUGGUCUGUGCUGGUUGCCAUUGCAGCUCUAUAAUAUUCUGUACGUGACGAUACCGGAAAUCAACGACUACCAUUUCAUUAGCAUCGUUUGGUUCUGCUGCGAUUGGCUGGCCAUGAGCAAUAGCUGCUACAAUCCCUUUAUUUACGGCAUCUACAAUGAGAAGUUCAAGCGGGAAUUCAAUAAACGUUUCGCUGCGUGCUUCUGCAAGUUCCAGACGAGUCUCGACGCCCACGAGAGGACCUUCUCGAUGCACACUCGUGCCAGCUCCAUCAGAUCCACCUAUGCCAACUCCUCUAUGCGCAUACGAAGCAAUCUGUUUGGCGGUGUUCCCGGUCGUGGUGGCGGUUCCGUCAAUAAUGGCACCAAAAACGGUUUGCAUUUACCACGAAACGGAGUUCAAGGCAGCGGCAACAACGUGAGCCUGCUCUGCAGCCAGAACAACAAUGGAGGAGCAGCUGGAGGACACCAUCAUCAUCAGCAUCAUCAUCAGAGUGUGGUUACCUUUGCCGGUCCGUCGGUUCAUGGUGCUCCAGGGGCAAGUAUUAGCUCCAUGCCGCCAUGGCGACGAAACAACUUCAAGCCUUUGCAUCCGAAUGUUAUCGAGUGCGAGGAUGACAUGGCGCUCAUGGAGCUGCCAUCGAACACGCCACCCAGCGAGUAGCUAAACGGCAAAGUGGACUCCCGGGAGGACUGCAGGACCAGGUGCAUUUGUGAGCAAGUAAUUGGCAGUCAAACGGAAUGCGAUGGCUCCUGCAUUCUCAGCGAGGUGUCCCGUGUCCACUUGCCCAAGAGUAAGGCUCUAUGGAAUCAGCACUAAGAUGGCUUUUAUACUCCCUAAGAUUGAUGAUGGAAAGAUAUUGGUAUCUGUGAUUUUUGUCUUAAUGAAUUGUGAUUACGAAUCCUCCCCUGGAUAAAUGGAUGGCUCGAAGCGGACUUGUAUCGAUUGGGAGAGAGUGUGGGCGGGCCCCUGUACAGUAUUAUAAUUAUGGAAAAAACAAACUUGUCAACUACAGAUACAAUUUACGUUCCUUCAAGCACAAAACAAACAUAAAUACAUGUGUAAACUUUGCUUAAAAAAAAAAACUAUGGUUUAAAACAUUAAAGCUUUCACCAAAUCAAAUUUGAAAAUGAAAUACGUACCAACUAACUAAAACAGAGCUCGCAAACAAGCCUAAACAUGAAACUUUAACAACUAAAAGAAAUAUAAGGUUUUUCGGGAGUGCUUUUUUAGUUGCGAGCUCUGAUAAUCACCUUAAAACAAUUAAGAGUAGCUUUUAAAUUAAAUUAUUGAAAUCCGAUUAUAUGUAUGUAUGUAUUCCAAUGUCUGUAUAUGCCUGUAUUU